AUUCAUAAAACACACUUUCCACUUUCAAACAUCACAAACACUUUUUAACAUUUGUUUGGUGUUGGUUUAAUCUUCACUUCACCACUUCCUCGUACUUCUCCGAAUCAUCAUAAAAAACCGCAAACUCAUAAUGAUGAUGGUGAAUAAGUUUCUUCCACUCUUUGUAUUCGCAUUGUUCUUCACAUCUUUGUGUUCGGUUCGCGCAGACAAUGCUCCUGCCCCUUCACCCAAGUCAUCCCCCUCUCCGCCGACCGCCAAACCACCCUCUCCGGCGACCCAUCCGGCGCCUCCUGCAAAGUCUCCGACUUUAUCACCGCCUUCACAAUCUCCGGCGGUUUCUCCAUCUGGUUCCACCCCGCCGCCGGCGACUAACCCUCCGGCGAAGUCUCCGGCCACUCAGCCCCCAUCGUCGGUUCCUCCGGCUUCCAGCCCAUCCAACAACAAUGUUUCUUCGCCGCCGGCUCCGUCCCCAGCGACUCCUCCGCCGACGAUGGCUCCGGUGAGUUCUCCAGUCGGGGCUCCGCCAGUGGCAGAGGCGCCUACGCCGGAAUCUUCUACCGGAAUUCCUUCAUCGGCCGUGCCGGCAGGUUCACCAAUCACACUACCAUCCACCAGUGCCUCGCCGGGAACUGCGCCGGCGAGUUCUUCGCCGGAAAGUUCACAGGGUUCGGUUGGUGAUGAUUCGGGUUCAAGUUCCAAUUUCGGGGCUCCGAUGGUGUUGGGUGGCGUGGCACUUUGGGUCGCUUUGGCUAUGAUCUGAGGGAAAAAGCAUCAUGGGAUUAUUUUUUGAGUAAUUUUUUGUUUUUUGUUGCCACACUGAUCGAUGAAUAAUAUUGUUGUUGAUCAAUUUUGCUAGUUAGGUAGGUUCAAUUCUAUUCAUUAUUUUGUAAUUGAUUUUCUUUAAUGUUAGAACGAAUUUAAUUUUUUUCUGUUUGUUUCA